AGUUAAAAACAAAGUUUGGAAGAAAUUUGAUUUUUAAAGAAUUUAAAAUCCCCAAAAAAAUAUCUUAUUCUCUGAAAAGCAAUCAACAAAUCACAAUUCACACAAAUACUUCGCUAAAAAACUCAACUUCCACGCUCUACGGCCUACGCUAUCCAUCUCUCUCUUCUCAGUAUGCGAUCUUCUGCUUCUUUUUACCACUUUAAUUUUCAUUCUUUUUCUACUGUUUUCCCAAUCUAAUACUUUUAGAAACGGGGGAAACUAAUCAAAUCAAAUCAAACCCAGUAUUAAGUUGUAUCCACAAAAAAAAAAAACAGUGAAGAAAGACUAGUUCUUUACUUCUUUCUGAGUAAUUCGAGAUAUGGGGUUGUUUUUUAAUCACUGAUUUCAAAAGGGUAUUUGAAAAAAGUAAAACCCAGAACUAGAAAAAAACGAUGGAUUUUGGCGCAGGAACUUCACGAUGCCGUAUGGUGGGAGAUUAUAUUAUCGGGCCGAAAAUCGGGUCGGGUUCAUUUGCAGUUGUAUGGAAGUCAAAGCAUCGUCAUCUGGGUACUGAAUUUGCAAUCAAAGAGAUUGAUAAGAAGCAUUUUAAUGAUAAUUUGAGGAAAGAGAUUUCUAUUCUUAGAAAUAUCACUCAUCCCAAUAUUAUUCGCCUUUUUGAAGCCAUUGAGACGGAGGAAAGGAUAUUCUUGGUGUUGGAGUACUGUGAAGGAGGUGACCUUGGAGCUUACAUUCACAGGCAUGGUAGAGUUUCUGAAGAUGUUGCUAGGCACUUCAUCAAGCACCUGGCUGCAGGAUUGCAAGUGCUUCGUGAUAACAAUCUUAUUCAUAGAGAUUUAAAACCCCAGAACCUACUGUUGUCUGGUAGGGAGGUAACUCCAUUGCUGAAGAUAGGUGACUUUGGCUUUGCUAGAUAUUUGACUGCUCAAGGCUUGGCUGAUACACUUUGUGGUUCACCACUAUAUAUGGCUCCUGAGAUAAUUCAGAACCAGAAAUAUGAUGCAAAAGCUGACUUAUGGAGUGUUGGAGCAAUAUGUUAUCAGCUGGUGAUUGGGAAACCUCCAUUUGAUGGCAAUAGUCAGUUGCAGCUUUUCCAGAAUAUUUUGAGAUCCACAGAGUUGCGAUUCCCUGAGGGAGCUCUGCAGGUUCUGCAUCCUGACUAUGUGGAGUUCUGCAGAAGCCUUCUGCGUCGAAAUCCAGUUGAACGGCUUACAUUUGAGGAGUUCUUUAAUCACAAAUUCCUGAUGGAUCCCAGGGUUGAAGUCGAUGCGGAAUUCUCUUCUCAGAUUUCUCGAGUCAAAUCUCUGGUUCUAACUGAUGACCAUGGUCCCCUAUUCGAUCAUGACGAUAAAAUAGCGCCCAAAGAGAGUGUAAAACGUAGGGUUGAAGUCGAUGCGGAAUUCUCUUCUCAAAUUUCUCGAGUCAAAUCUCUGGUUCUAACUGAUGACCAUGGUCCCCUAUUCGAUCAUGACGAUAAAAUAGCGCCCGAAGAGAGUGUAAAACGGAGUUCUGUAAAUGAUGAGAAAAGGGAAUUUGAGAAGGAUCAUCGUAACACAUCCGGUGGUAGAAGUGUCGAUGGAGUUAUGCCAGAUAUUCUUACUGACAAAACUAGGCACUCCGAUGAGGAUGGCCCACAGUCAUUGAGUCAAACUCGAGUUGCUUGUUCAUUGGAUUCCAUCGAAGGAGAAUAUGUCCUUGUUCAUUCUAAUUUUGCUUCAAUGGAAAUCCUCACCUCUUCUUUGGGAACUUCUCUGAAAAAAUGUUCAGCUACGAAAGCUUGCGAAUUAGCACCAAAGAAUAUUGACAAGCAAUUGCCUACCAUGCCAGAGAUGAAUGAACUGGCUCCCAGACUUGUUAGUGGCUCCGAUAGUGUUUUACAGAGUGAAGAACAAGAUCUACCCAUACUGCAUCCUUCAACGAGGUUGCAACUUAUAAACCAAUAUGUGGGUGUUCUUUCAGAUCUUGCACAAGAGAAGUUUAAUGCAGGCUUCUUUCUGGAAUCAUUUUCAGCUGAAUUGGUAGUUUUGGCUCUAUGGAAGAAGGCGUUACGAAUUUGCAACUCAUGGCUGUUAGAAAGUGGUCUACCUGAGAGCUCUUCAGCAAAUGAAUUCGGCGAGGGAGCUGCAAGUUCUUCCUCUCAAUUAAAAAACACCACAGACUUCACGAACCCUUCAUCUGUGUCUGCCUGGGCUGAGCAAGGCUUUCUUAAUGCAUAUGAUGGAACUGAGAAGUUGUCCAAGUAUCUGCAAGAUGUGGAUGGUGCUGCUGAGAUGCCUGAUGCAAUGGAGAUUAUAUUUCAGACUGCAAUUGCUGCUGGAAAAGAUGGAGCUGCGGACGAGUUUGUUGGGAAUCGAGAUAGCGCUUCAAUGAUGUACUCCAAAGCUCUGAUGUUGUUCUCAUUCAUUGUCACAGAAGCUCCAUCUUUGUCGCUGAAUCCUCCAUUUUUUUUAGCUCCGGAAAGUAAGCAACAAAUCCUUAAAUAUAUUAAGAGCUUAGAAUAUCAUUUGAGUCAUUCCCAGACUUCUGUGAAGCAGCUGCCAGACUUUGGUAUUAAGUAAGUACAAAAGAAACUGUACAGAGUUUUCUAGAAUAACAUUUGGGUGGCUGACUACUGACAUGAUUCCCCAUACCCGGUGGAGUCGUAAGAAAGUUCGGUAAUACUUACACAAGAGAUGACAAAUUUUUGCUAUGAUAUCUUGAUAUAGAAUUUUAGUACAGACUUCUUUGUAAACAGAGUAAAUUCUAGGUUAUAACAUGUAUAUAUGACUGUCUAUUCUUUCUGGAAUGUAAAUAUCAGCAGCAUUAUUAUGUGACUUGUAUUGGUGUUUAACGCCUCUAUAUGUUACCUGCACUGUGAUCGAGUGACAAGAACAAAAAAAACUUAAUAUUUAUAUACAGAGUACUAUUUUUAGUA